UCUGCUUCGAGAGGUAUGCGCGUUUCGAGUCUUAACAUUUUCUCAGUCUCACUCGAGAAAUCCAGCGAAAUCGGAAGUCUCUUCAGAGAGAAGAACAUGCAUCGAUCAAUAUCGUCGCCAAUGUUAAUCGCUUUCUCUCUGCUCUUCUUCUUGUUGAUCUCCAGUCUCAGUUCGCCAGUGGAUGCAUUGUACGGACCAGCGUCGCCGGUGUUUCAGCUAAACCCCUCGAACUUCAAGUCCAAGGUUUUGAACUCUAAUGGGGUUGUUCUAGUUGAGUUCUUUGCUCCUUGGUGUGGUCACUGUCAAGCUCUGACUCCUACAUGGGAAAAGGUAGCUUCUGUCUUGAAGGGCGUUGCUACUGUGGCUGCCCUUGAUGCCGAUGCUCAUCAAUCCCUUGCUCAGGAAUAUGGGAUUAGAGGAUUCCCUACCAUAAAGGUAUUUGUUCCUGGAAAAUCACCAGAAGAUUACCAAGGACCAAGGGAUGCCAAACCCAUUGUGGAAUUUGCCCUGCAACAGAUAAAGGGGCUUCUGAAGGAACGGUUACAUGGGAAAAGUGCUGGAGGAUCAAGUGAGAAAUCAAGUGAAAAAUCUGAAACUAGUGCAUCUGUUGAACUGAAUUCACGCAAUUUUGAUGAAUUGGUGCUCAAAAGUAAAGAUCUAUGGGUUGUGGAGUUCUUUGCACCUUGGUGUGGACACUGCAAGAAGCUUGCUCCAGAGUGGAAGAAGGCUGCUAAUAAGUUGAUUGGCAAGGUCAAGUUGGGUCAUGUGGACUGUGAAGCGGAGAAGUCCCUAAUGAGCAGGUUCAAUGUCCAAGGAUUCCCCACCAUCUUGGUAUUUGGUGCCGAUAAAGACAGCCCAGUCCCCUAUGAAGGUGCAAGAACUGCCUCAGCAAUCGAAUCAUUUGCUCUAGAGCAGUUGGAAACCAAUGUUCUGCCGCCUGAAGUGACUGAGCUGACUGGUCCAGAUUUCAUGGAAGACAAGUGUGGUUCAGCUGCCAUCUGUUUUGUUGCUUUCCUCCCUGAUAUCUUGGACUCCAAGGCCGAGGGAAGGAACAAGUACCUGGAAAUGAUGCUAUUCAUUGCCGAGAAGUUCAAAAGAAGUCCGUACAGCUACGUCUGGGCAGCUGCCGGUAAGCAACCAGAUCUUGAAAAGCAUGUGGGUGUUGGUGGCUACGGAUACCCGGCUUUGGUAGCGCUCAAUGUAAAGAAAGGAGUAUACGCCCCACUCAAGAGCGCAUUUGAGCGGGAUCACAUUGUAGAGUUUGUAAACGAGGCAGCCCGAGGGGGAAAGGGUAACUUGCCCCUAGGGAGCACCCCGGUGGUUGUCAAGACCGAACCAUGGGAUGGUAAAGAUGGAGAAGUUAUAGAAGAAGACGAGUUCUCCCUUGAAGAACUCAUGGGAGAAGAAUCUGCGAGCAGCAAGGAUGAGUUAUAAACUAAGCUCCAAUCUCAUUUUGAAUUCCAGUUUGGAAAUGAUUUUGAUGUGUUCUUGGUAUUAGAAUGAGAAUGUGUUUGAGAUCACGGAUUACAAGGUUCAUGCCCCACCACAUGACUUGUUUCUGUGAUUCAAAGACGAAACAUUUUUCAGUAGUAACUUUUUUAUUUUAUAAUUUACAUGGAAGGGGCAGUUAGUUGCACUCCUUUGUAUUGGCAUUGCAUUAAAUGAGAACAAUUUCUCUCUCAUAUUUAAAAAUUACGUACUUUUCUUCAGUUAA